AUGGUGCCAACAGAGUUGUCUCCGAUUCAAAAUCAACAAAUUUUAGAUUGUUUAUCAAAUCUUAAAGAUUUAUUUGUAACAGAGGAUAAUCCUGGAUUGGGCCUGACUCAUCUUGUCCAACAUAAAAUUCAGUUAAAAGAUAGUGCGAUUUCUAAGCACCAAGGCCCUUAUCGCUUACCUCCCAACAAAAAAGAAGUUUUAAGACAUCAGUUAGAUCAAUUACUAGAACAGGCUAAACAAAAACUAUUCAAUGGGAUAAUUGACAUGUUUAUGGAAUCUGGAGAUAAGUUUCCAGUUGUGUUGUCAGACAAAGCCAUUGGUGACCAGGUGAUCAUGCCGUUGACCAAUGGAGUGUGGUAUUUAAGUGGAAAUAUGGGAACGAUUCAGGAACGAGCCAAACAUUUGCCUGAUGUUCAUGUUAUUCCUGCAAGGUUUCUUUCCUAUGAUAACAUAAAUGACUAUAAGAAGAAAAAAGAAAGAUAG